UCCCACGGUUAUGAUUAAACCAUGAUGGGUAGGAUUAAUCACAAAUAUCUAUAUAAAGGGUGGGAGUCCCUCCUCUCAACCGUAUGCAGAAAAGAGAUCUAAUUCCCAUCAUUGGCUACGGGAGGAGAGAGGAGAAGACUUCCAUUAUUUCGUCGGUGAACGAUGGACGGACAGUUUAUCCAGAAGCAUCUGACUGGGAUUGAGCCCCUAACCGGUUCCAACUAUAGCAACUGGAAGAUGCAAGUUGAAAUAGUACUUGGGUGUCUUGACUACGACUAUGUUCUCACUGAAAAUAAGCCAGAAGAGCCUGAUGAGUCAUCAAGUCAAUCUGAAAAGAAAUCUCAUGCUAAGUGGGUCAAAGCCAACAAGCUUGCAAUGCUGAUCAUUAGAGCAUCGGUGGACCAAACUAUUCGUGGAGAGAUUCCGGCUUGUGAAACUGCUAAGGAGUUGCUUGAGACCAUCAAGAAGCAGUUUGAGGGAUCCGUUAGAGCGAGACAGUACAAUUAUCUGGUCAAACUCAUUAAUCUGAAAUAUGAUGGAAGUGGUGAUGUUCGGCAGCACAUUUUGAAGGUCUCUCAGUUGAUCAUUCGUCUCAGGGAGUUGGGACUUCAGUUAGAGGAUGAUCUAAUGGUUCAUUUUGUAGUCGCUUCUCUACCAAGCAAAUUUGACACUUUUAAGGUGAACUACAGUUCUCAAGACAGGAAAUGA